GGGAUUGGUCUCGCUGGUUUUAUCGAUACACCCCUAGCCGUGGUAUUCGGUACAUCAGGUCUUGAGACUACCCGACCGCAGGUCAGAGCUACCAGUAUAGUACCAGCCGUAACAUAUUACACCUACUAUUGAUCAUCUGGAGUCAAUCGGGAUUCUACUGGCCUACUUCAGGUGGUACUAGAUGCGAAGGCUCGCUUGAGUGCAUCAAACGUCUCAUGUGGAGGUGAUGGAGCUGAUCGAUAAUUUCAAGGAUGAGGGAUAAUUUCGAACGUUGGAAGAAUCAGUCCGCAAUAGAAAAGUGGAACCGUAAUCGCUGUUGCUAGUUUUCCGCAUUCUGCUGAGGACCGCCGGAAAAUGGUUGUCCCCUUUUGCUUUUCCUCAGUUUGGAAGAACGUAGGUCUAAAUUCAUCUCGUACGCGUAAUCAGCGGUGGGCGUGAUCAGCUCGGUGGUGUAGCGAAAGGCUGAGGACCUUGAUCAGUGCAGUUGGGUGAUGAAUUGGCAAGAUUAAUAAUUUCUUCAAUGAGACUCUACUUGACCUGCUAUUCAAAGUUUCAUAUAGCGGUUCAAUUCAGUGGUGCAUGAAGCGACUGAUGCAAGUUUCGUAACUGAUAAUGACACUCGUACUUCGUUGGUAGUUUAUGUGAUGCCAAAUUUUGAAUUGCUAGGCUGUUCACUUCGUUGAAGCCAAGCUGUAUUCAAAUGGCGGCCACCAAGCGGCAUCGCAGCGAGAUCAGUUCUGCAGGCGAGGAAGCGCAGGGAAAAUCGAACCCUAAGGCUCCCAAGAAGGAGGGGAGGAAAUACGAGAGCACCAUCAGUAGAAUUCGCAACAAAUUCCACAUCGAGGUGCCCGACUCCUUCUUUACACUUUGGGAGGUCUGUAACAAGCUCAACUCGAGCGACCCUUGCGCUGCACUCGAGAGUAUUGGUCUGAAGCUAGUGGGCCCUUUCCAGGAGGUUGCGACUGUGACUGAUAUGUCACAGAGUGCCUGGCGGUAUUUCUACGACCCGCCAGAGGUCAUCACGAUCAUGAUAGACCUGCAGGAUCUAGGCCACCAUUGGGCAUACUACAUCGACAAGCCUGGCGACUCCCCAAUCAGCGUGUUGGUUGCCUCGCGUGCCAAUGACUGCAAGUUCCGGGCUGCAUCAGAUUCUGUGUUAUCCCUUGUCUAUGAUAUGGCAAGAGAUCAUGAGAAGGGCGAUGGAAUUGUGGCUGCUAUCGAAUCAUUAUGUCACGACAAGGCCGAGUUGAAGGUGUCGACCACUGCAUGGAAGAGCCGAAUGAGGCGGGCACAAGGGACGACCUUCAAUGGUUUGGGUGUAUUGGUCCCCUAUGAUAAACACACUGAGGUCGGCUAUCGGGAGCUUCCAGUCAGUUCUAAAGCUCUCAAAGGAAUCCUGGACAAGAUUCGUGAUGCACCACCAGGCGAACGAGACACCUCGAAAUUGGACGAGAUAUUCACAUGGACUAAUAUAGGCAAUGACGAGGGAGAUUUUGGUAUGGGUCUCGAGCUCGGGCAGGACCUAUUUUGCGCAGACAAGCCUGGCGUAGGUCCGGUCUUCACUAAGCCACUCACUAUAAUUCUCCGCAAUGCAUAUAAGCUGCUCGGAAGGCAAGCUUUUAUACCUGUUAUUGAAGCACAUACUCAGGUGAGGGGGCAGCACGAUGAAACGCCAUACAUGUUGAUGCUCUAUUGA